CCUGUAGAGGGCGCUGUAGCGUGAACCCGAGCGUUAUGUUUUAUGGGUCCUCCGCCAGCAUGUCUCUGCCCUCCAAGAGCAAGCUGAAGAGGCAGAGCCGCACCUUCACGCAGGUGCUCUACCGCACCUUGAGUUACCGGGACCGGCGUUCCGUCACCGACCUGCCCGAGCAGGUGCCCGAUGACCCGGCGGAGCUCUCCACACAGACCUCAGCCCCCGGGGUGCUCAAGAUUUUUGGGGACGAGAUCUGCUCAGGGGCCAACUACAAAAGUGUCCUGGCCACUCCUCGCUCGAACGCCAAGGAGCUCAUCAAGGAGGCCCUGGAACGCUACUCCUUGAACAAGGGUUCGGCUGGAAGCUAUGUGCUCUGCGACGUUAUCGGGAAGUUGGAGGGGCCGGAGAAGAGCUGGAAGACGGAGUGUCUGAGGGCCCUGGGGGACAAUGAGAAGCCUCUGCUGCUCCAGGACAUGUGGAAGCCCAAGGAGGGCUUUGCCCGGCGUUUCGAGCUGCGCAAGAGGGCUGAGGUGGAGGAACUGGCUGCCAAGGAGAAGGACACAGUAACUGCUGGAGUCCACAAACGCUCCCACGCCCUUGUGCCACCUAUGGGUAGGGCUGGGUAUGUUAAGCCCCGAGGUUCGCCCCACUGCGUGCGCUCGUCACAGCCCUCCACUCCUAGUUUUAAAGAUAUCAAUGCCCAGGCCAGGAAGCUACAGAGGAACCGGGCAAAAGGGACCAUGACCCUAAAUUCAGGGACCUCCUUCUGCCGCAGUCUGAGUGAAACCAGCCUCAACCUGGUGGGAGGCCCUGGGGAGGAGCCUAAGAGGUACUACUCCACCCUGCCCGGGCCCCUGAGGACACGGAGCGGCAGGGAUGCGCUGCAGGCGGGCCGGAGGAAGGAGGAGAGGGAUGGUGGAGGGGUGCGGCACUCACUCUACCAGUCCCCACAUCUUCUGCUUCUUCAGGGCUACAACCAGCAGGACUGCCUGGUCUAUCUGCUGAACCGGGAUCAGCACACGGUGGGCCAGGAGACCGCGUCGGCGCGACCCAACAUCUGCCUGUCUUCGCCGGACAUCCUGCCCCUGCACUGCAAGAUCAAGCGGGUCAAGGUGGUGCACAGGUUCACCUCCGCCGUGGAAGAGCGUCUGGUGGUGGAGCCGGUUCCCCACGCCAGCGUCCUGGUGAACUUCUCGCGGGCGGAGCGGACUACGCACCUCCGGCACGGGGACCUCCUCUCCUUCGGGGCUCACUACAUCUUCCUCUACAAGGACCCUGUAAGUGCCCGGCUGUUGCCCACCCAGACGCUGGCGCACCUGCAGAUCCUUGGCCAGCAGCAUGAGGGCGACGGCGAGCCUGGCGGCCAAUCGUGCCGGACGUGCGGCUCGCUGGUGAGGGACGGCCCGGCCCGAAGGCAGGCCUUCAAGCCGCUGUUGAACAAGAACCGGAUGCUGCAGAAGAGGAAGCUGCAGCUGGACUUCGAGAAGGCCCACGAGGACGAGCUGAUUGGUCGGAUCAUGUCCCUCAUUGAGCCGGGGGGAGACGACCACAAGCUGACCCCCGCCUACCUCCUGUGCCUCUGCAUCAAGCACUCAGCCACGGCCUUUGAGCCCGGGAACUUUGGCAAGCUUCUGCAGAAGAUCGUCAAAAGGAUACAGACAGUCGCUUGGGAGAAGACAAAGGAACUGGCCCAGAAGCAAGCUCAGCACCAGGACCCAACCUCCCUAUCUCUGCUCAACAUCUCAGACCUGAUCCCCGACCUGCAGGUCAUAUUCUUCUGGAUGUCCAACGCCAUCGAGAUCCUCUACUUCAUCCAACAGAAGUGUCCCGCCUACAUGCAGGGGAUCGAGCAGCUGGAUUCCAAAGGCUCAAAGGAGUCUUUGCUCUCAGCGACCAUCUCAGCCAAUGAGGAGGCCAUGACCAUCCUGGAGGAGGUGAUCAUCUACACGUUCCAGCAGUGCGUCUACUACAUCACCAAGUCCCUGUAUGUGGUCCUACCGGGGAUACUGGACUGUAACCCGUUUCAAGGGGAGAACGCUGACCCCUGCUGGAAGAGGUCGGUGCUGCCACCCGAGCCAGUGCGCAAGGUGCUACAGGUGUUGCAGACCACACAGGAGCUGCUGCAGCAGUACGAGGUGCACCCUGAAAUCCAGUCCCAGAUGUUUUCCUACCUGUUUUUUUUCUCCAACGUCUCCCUGUUUAACCAGCUCAUAGACAAAGGUCCGGCCCGUGGCUGGUACCAGCGCUCCCGGAUCCUCCAGGUCCAAGCAUGCCUCCGAAUGGUGCUAGACUGGGCCAGGAAGGCAGGCCUGGCACAUCUAACCGACAAGUUCCUGGCCAAAUUCCGCAGCGCCGUCAGCAUCCUGACCACGCCCCUCCAGCAGCUGCUGCAGAUGAGCUGGAAAUCGCUGUCUCUGGAUCACCCAUCCCUGAAGCCCGUCCAGCUGCACCGUAUCCUGACGCAGUACCAGCUGGCAGCGGGCACGGGGCCCGUGACCUCAUGGCAGCCUGGUCCAGAUGAGGAGACACACAUCUACAAAACAGUGGACCUGCUGGAAAGUUUUGAGAACCACCCGCCCAUUGUUCUGCCCAGCAGUGGGUUCAGGGUGGACCUGGACUGCGACGCCGUGGACGAGAACAUUUACAGGCAGUUGCUGUACGUUCGACACUUUCUGUGGGGUCUGAGGACCAAGUCACCCUCCACCAACGGCAGCACAGACUGGCAGGAGCCGCAGAGGGAGCCACCGCAGUCCCAAUGCAGCCCCAGGCCGGCGGGCCCCCGUAGGGAGGGGGAGGCGGACGGCAAGGUGUCGGGGGUGUCGGCCCCCAGCGGGGUCUCUGAGGAACGCCUGCGGGAGAAGCUGCAGCAGAUGCCCCACAGCUUGCGACGGAAUGGGCCACAGCGGACGCUAGACCCGUCCUGCCUGCUCACUCCUCCCAAUACACCCCUCUACCCAGAGCACCCCCAGCUCAAUGGCUGUAGCAGGACCCCCCCAGAUAUUAAGAAAGCCAAUGGCUUCAUUGCAAAUGGCUUGGAAGGCAACAUGGGUGGGCUUGACUUUCCUUUCCCAGUGCCCUCCAGUCAGAGCUCAGCAGCUGACGAUUUCUGUUGCGUGUUUGUAGUGGAACUGGACAAGGGACCCUUUGGCCUGGGAAUGGGACUGAUCGACGGACUGCACACUCCACUCAAUUCUCCCGGGAUCUACAUCCGCACGCUGAUCCCAGACGGACCAGCGGCAUCCGACGGGCGACUCCGAAUCGGAGACCGGAUCCUGGCUGUAAACGGGACCAGCCUCAUUGGCGCCGACUACCAGAGCGCGGUGGACCUGAUCCGCUUGGGCGGGGGGAGGCUUCGCUUCCUCGUCGCAAAGUCAGACCUGGAGGUCUCCGAGAAAAUCAGCGCCUCUUCCUGCUAAGUAACAACGGAAGCUCAGAGACUCACGGCAAGGUCACAUGACUUGAAUCCCCUUACCUACAGCGUUAGGUCCUGAAGUAGAAUGGCCCUGAAUGUUAGUGAAAUUUGUGCAGGUAAAACCAAACCAUCUGUGCACACCUUUCCCAAUACACCAUGCAAGCGGUUACUAUACUCAGGAAAUAACGUGAUCAUGUUUACGUAGGGGUGAAAAAGGGAGGCCGAUUUUCAAUUACGGCUUUUAUUUUUUAACCAGAUGACGUUACACUGUAGCUGAGCACGCUGGCCCCACGUAACUCCUGACGACCGCCGUAAAGAUCAGGCCAAAAAGAUCUGUCUGAAAAUGCUGCAAUAACACACGUCACGUUUUCGCUUAGUAACGUUUAAAGCCCAUCGGGCGCAUUAAGCACAUUCAUGUUUUUACGUGCCGACGUAGAUUUACCGAAAUGGCUUUUAUAAACGGCUUCCCGCGCCCCACGCCUGCCUCAUAAGCACUGACGUACACGUCAACCCUCCCUUCGGGGCCGACAAGUGAAGAGCUAACAGAUCAAGAUUGACUGAUACACCGGCUGAUUGGCCGUUAAUCCAGAUUCAAGGAUGCGGCUUUUCUUAUAGAGCUUCAGAAGCAGAAGAUUUGUGUUCCUCCUGUACUUUGAGAUCUUAUGUCACAUUUACUUUAAUGAAUGUAUCACCUAUAAACCAUUGGCAGAUACGUGUAUGUCCAUCUAUACUGGUGCAUAUAUGUAUGUCCAGAGCUAAUGGAUGACUUAGAAUCUGAUUUGUUUCUAUUGUUCUAUAGAGUAAAAUGUAAAGUUAAUAUUCAGCUUUAUAAUAAAGCAAUAAUUGUUAAA